ACAAUAUACUAUAAUACUAUUAAUACUAUAUUAGAUAGUAGGCUAUAAGAUAUUUAUUAUUUUAACGAGUUUGUUCAGUUUAUUCUUUUUUGUCUGCGUUCAUGAACUGUUCUCAGAUCACUCCAGCAUUUAGAAAACAAUCAGAAUCAACUUUAUGAAUGACUGUGUUUUAGGUGUGUUUGGUGCUGAUGAAGAUGAAAUGAAGACUCUGUCUGUAACGGAGGGGGAUUCUGUCAUUCUACACACUGGUGUUGCUGAAAUGAGAAAUAUUACAGUGUUACAGUGGAUGUUUGGACCUGAAAACCCAGAGAGUGUUAUUGCUGAACUCAACCAUGAGGCGAUGAUUAAUAAUGUUUCUGAUGAGAGAUUUAGAGACAGAGUGCAGAUGGACGAUCAGACAGGAUCUCUGACCUUCACAAACAUCAGAAGCACAGACACUGGACUUUAUAAAGUAGAAAUCAGCACAAAUCCAGAAGCAGACAAAAUGUUCCGAGUUACUGUCAGUGCUUUUCUAUCUGCUCCUGUCAUCAUCAGAAACACUUCUAAAUGCUCUUCAUCUGAAGGUCCGUCAGUCUCUCACUGUGCGCUGCUGUGUUCAGUGGUGAAUGUGAGUGCUGUGAGUCUCUCCUGGUACAAAGGAAACAGUUUAAUCUCCAGCAUCAGUGUGUUUAAUGUCAGCACCCGUCUCUCUUUACCUCUGGAGCUGCAAUAUGAGGAUAACAACACCUACAGCUGUGUGAUCAACAACACUAUCAGCAACAAGACUGAACACCUGGACAUCAGACAACAUUGUCAGCCAUGUGCAGAAUCAGACGAUGCUUCACAAAACCAGAAAUCAUGGAGAAAUUUGAUCAUCAUCACAUCUGUCCUGUUUGGCGCUUUAGCCGUCAUUGCAGCUAUUGGUUUGGUCAUAAGAUGUGCUGAUAAAAAAUGUAAUGAAGUGAAAGAGCAACAGUUUGUUGAAACUGUUUUGUUGAAGCAUCUCAGUGGAAGCAGAUCUUGUCAGAGCGAGUGCAUCUUCACUCUUCUGCAGUCAAAUACAGAUGCGGAAACAGAACACAAGAGAGUCAGAGAAGUUUAAAGACAAGCUCUUGUAAAGAAAUAAUUUCAGUUGUGCAUUUAAAACACGGUGCCUUGUAUAAAAUGUUUGAAUUUGAGUAGAAAAAAAUAAAAGAGAUGAACUUAUACAAAUGCCAAAGCUGAAUUGUUUAAUUUAAUGUUUUGGUAAUAUUUUAAGCUUAAGUAACAAUUCUCACUACUACAAGCUUAUUAUACAUAUAUUAUACAUAUUAAACAAUUAAUGUAAAUACAGGAGUUCCACAAAAAAACAUUUUAUCACCUUAACUUUUUUUUCUUUACACAAAUGAACUUAAGUUAUUAAAAUAUAACUUAAAUUAUUUAAAUAUGCAGAUGAUAUGGCACUUGUUGGCCGGUUGACUAAAACAGGAACAAAGGGAGAUACCCUGUACUAUAGUUAUAAAAAAAUGCAUCAAAACUGGUGUAAAAUGAGUUUACUGGAGAUACAUUUGAAUAAAACCAAGGAGAUGGUAUUUACCAGAAAUAAAGUAGUUCUUACGUAAGGUUUGAUACCUUUGGUCCUUGAAGGACAUGAAAUACAGACAGUUCAACAAUAUUUUAAAUAUUUAGGAAUUUUAUUGAUGGUAAUUUGACAUUUGCUGGAAAUGUAGAAUGUAUAAAAAAGCUUGUUAGGAGAUUACAACAAUUUGACAUGAGUCAAGAUAUUCUGGAGAUUAAUAAGGUUGAAUUUGGUUGAAGGAGUUGUGAGUUUUAACAUGAUUGCAUGGCAUAGACUGUUGCCAAUUAAAGUAAAGCAAAAACUGUCAAGUAGUAAAAAUUCCCAGUGCAAUUGUAGGCAAAGCAUAAAGAAAACUAAAUGAACUGUGAAAAAGUAAUGACAAUUAAACAGAAAGCACACAUCAUUAUUGAAUCAUUAUUGAAUCUUUUGCCUUCAAAAAGACAUUUUAGGCAACCUCAAUUAAUUUUUUUUAUGUCAUUAGUGCCGACUGCUAUUAGAAUUUUAAAUACUGAGUUUUAAGUAUGAAUAGGGUUUUAACUGAGUUUUUAAUGUGAUAUUUGUGAUGAUAUUGAAUGCAUUUGUGUUGCCUGUUUUUCUGUGAUAUUUGAAUAAUAUGAACGCUGAUGUGGUUGCGUGGUGAAGCAAAGAUAAAUUUCUAAUUGUGGACAAUAAAGAAAGUAUUAAAUAUUGGCAGUUUAUUAGUAUUUAUAAAGUACAAUAUUAAUCUACAUAACUAAUCCUACCCAAUACCUAAACCCAACUACCUUACUAUUAAUAAGCAGCAAAUUAG